AUGAAGACUUCUCUUCUUGUCGUGCUGAUCACAGCCCUGUGCACAGAGAGGGCUCUCUCUUUGACAUGUUUCACAUGCAAAGAUGCAUCUUCCAACUUCCACUGUCUCAGCACAACCACGUGCUCUGAGAAUGAGAAGUACUGUCUCACAACCUAUUCUACCACGGGCUUUGGGGACGACCGUAACCAACGUAUCACCAAGAAGUGUUCUGCCUAUUGCCCAGCAAUUGACCUGAAUAUUGGCAUAGCUGGUGUUGCUACCAGCUGCUGUGAGACGUCCUUGUGCAACAUGAGUGGUGCCAACAGUGUGAAAACCAGUUACACCAUGAUAGCUCUGGGUGUCUUGGCCAGUCUCGCCUGCAUCCUCCGGCUGGGUUUUUGA